AUGAGUCUCAUCUUGCCAGUUAUUUUAUGCCCUUUGAAAUUGAAGUCUUCCUCCAAUUUCUUGAAGGCUGAAUCCCGGGAAGAAACAACCCAAAAGAAGUCUGCGGCCUGGUACAAAGCCGAGGCCGAAGCUCGCGAAGCUCGAAUCUUGGCUCAAUUUCUAGCCAAAGGUCGAGAAAUUGAAGCCGCUAGAAAGGCCGACUACGAAGCUAGAGUAGUCAAGGCUGCCGAGGUCAAAGAGGAGGAACCUCGCACAUUGGCGAACUUCUUGCCCAGUGCUCAAGGAAUCAAGGCCAGUAAGGCAAGAUUCAAGGCUUCGAAGGAGGAGGCUGUCGACGUCAAGAAUCCUGAAGCCAAUGACGAGGUCCUCUUCUCCAUCGAUGAUUAUUUAGAAGAGGUCGAACUGUCCUCUUUAGAAUCUAAGCUGCACUGGGGAAAGAUGACCACUCCAUGCAGCUUAUCUAAGACGCCUCUCAGCACUCCUGAGGGUGUCUCUCUGGUCCCAAAGAAGAAGUCCCUCUCAUCCUUUGCUCUUGUGACUCUUGCUCCGAAGCCUACUACACCACCACCCGCACUUGUCGUGGAGACAAAUUUGGAUCUACCAGACACUUUAUCUGAGAAGUCUCUGGAGGAAUUCAAAGCCUCGACGACGGAAGAAAAAACUCCGUUCACCAAUUCCCGCAAGGGCAGGAAGAACAAGAGUCCAAAAUCCAAACAGCAACCCAAAGUGUUCAGCGACCAGCCAACCAAGUCACAGCUCGCACGGCAAAAGAAGAAGUGGGCCAAGUUGAGGAAGCUGUGUCCCAAUCUGUUCCGCAGUGAUGAACACUCUCGGCCGCGUCAGGUUGUUCGGCCUUUCGCAACUUCGACUGAAAUGAGCAAGCCUCAGCCAGUCGAAAAGUAUUUGCUAUAA